AUGAGCGAUGGCAUGUGGAUCUCGCUCAGCCCCACCGAGUUUGCCCAGCUCCAGCAGUACACAGACUACUCCACCAAGAAGCUCAAGGAUGUCCUGGAGGAGUUCCAUGGGGACGGCGUCCUCUCGAGGUACAACCCCGAACAGCCCAUCGACUACGAGGGCUUCCGCCUCUUCAUGAAGACCUACCUGGAGGCAGAUGUGCCUGAGGAGCUCUGCCAACACCUCUUCACCUCCUUCAAGCGUAAGAUAUGCCAAGCCUCCCCCGAGACCCAGCGCCAGAGCCCCGGUGUCUCACAGCACAGCAGCCUCGGGAUCAAUGGGAAAAUGCUUCGAAGUGCCCUGGGACGACACACUCCUGAGCCCAAGAGCUGCCACAGCAACGUGGCUGAGCUGCAGCCAGUAUCCCUCACCCCAGCAUCGAUCCCCAGUGCCUCCCCCAGCUGGUCUAGAUCAUCCUCCCAGAAGUCCACCACCGGCACCGCUUCUGCUCACAACUCCUCAGGCUCUUCAAGGAUCUCCUCCGUGUCUCUGCUCAGCCCUCAGUCUCCAGGCACGAGGAGCGUGGAGAAGAGGUUACCCUUCAGCCUGCGGAAGAGCCCCAGCUCCCUGAAAGCCCCCCCUGCUCCACCCCCCACCGCCCUGGCCCAGGUGGUCCACCUGAAGGACAUCGUCUGCUACCUGUCGCUGCUGGAGAGGGGACGAGCAGAGGACAAGCUGGAGUUUAUGUUUCGCCUCUACGAUACUGAUGGAAACGGCCUCCUGGACAGCUCGGAGCUGGAUCGUAUCAUCAACCAGAUGGUGCACGUGGCUGAGUACCUGGAGUGGGACUCCACUGAGCUCAAGCCUAUCUUGAAGGCGAUGAUGGAGGAGAUAGAUUAUGAUCAUGAUGGGACUGUGACGCUGGAGGAAUGGAUCCGGGGUGGCAUGACCACCAUCCCCUUGCUGGUCCUCCUGGGGAUGGAGACGAAUGUGAAGGAUGAUGGGCAGCAUGCCUGGAGGCUGAAGCACUUCAAGAAACCUGCCUACUGCAACUUCUGCCGCACCAUGCUGCUGGGGGUCCGCAAGCAGGGCCUCUGCUGCUCCUUCUGCAAGUAUACAGUCCAUGAGAGGUGUGUGUCCAAAGAGAUUGCCUCCUGCAUCAGUACCUACGUUAAAUCCAAGAGAAACACAAGCGUGAUGCAGCACACCUGGAUCGAGGGCAAUUCCCCCGUCAAGUGCGACAGGUGUCACAAGAGCAUCAAGUGCUACCAGGGCAUCACCGGCCUGCACUGUGUCUGGUGCCAAGUCACCCUCCACAACAAGUGUGCCUCCCACGUGAAGCCGGAGUGCGAUGGGGGCCCACUGCGGGACCACAUCUUGUUGCCAUCCUACAUCUGCCCGGUUGUCCUGGACAGGCAGUCCCACUGCCGACGAUCAGAGAGCGACUCCCCUGCCAGCACCACCCCCGAGGACACCCAAGGCUUCAAGUUCAACUCCACCACAGUGGAUGGGCAAGGGCUGCAGAUCAGCCCCCGGCCCGGGACACACCCACUCCUGGUGCUUGUGAACCCCAAGAGCGGAGGAAGGCAAGGGGAGCGAGUCCUUCGGAAGUUUCACUACCUGCUCAACCCACGCCAAGUGUACAACCUGGACCGCGGCGGGCCCGCGCCAGGGCUGAACUUCUUUCGGGACACUCCAGAUUUCCGUGUGCUGGCCUGCGGAGGGGACGGCACGGUGGGUUGGAUCCUGGACUGCAUAGAUAAGGCGAACCUGGUGAAGCACCCGCCGGUGGCUGUCCUGCCCCUGGGAACGGGCAAUGACCUGGCACGGUGCCUGCGCUGGGGAGGAGGCUAUGAAGGAGGCAACCUGAUGAAGGUCCUGAAAGACAUUGAGCACAGCACGGAGGUGAUGCUGGACCGCUGGCAGAUAGAUGUUAUUCCCAGUGACAGGGAGGCCAACGGAGAUCCUGUCCCAUCCACCAUCAUCAACAACUACUUCUCCAUUGGGGUGGACGCCUCCAUCGCCCACCGCUUCCACAUCAUGCGAGAAAAGCACCCUGAGAAAUUCAACAGCAGGAUGAAGAACAAGCUGUGGUACUUCGAAUUCGGAACAUCAGAGACCUUUGCAGCCACCUGCAAGAAGCUCCACGACUAUGUGGAGGUGGAGUGUGACGGGACCCUGCUAGACCUG